AUGAGAAAAGGUGGGAAAGUUGGAGAAGCCAAGGGAAGCUCAGAUGUGACAGUGGCACCCUCAGGGCCAGUGGCCACCAGGUCCAUCAAGGAUGAGGAUGACAUGGACACCAAGCCAGCAGUGGAGGAGAGGCCAGUGCAUGUGGUGAUCUUCCUGGACACACCCAUAGACCUGAAACCCAGCCCUUCCCCCACUGCCCUGAAGGCCAAGAGGAAAAAGCAAGAUGGGGCUGAGGAUGGGGUUUGGGACACCCUGGUGUCCCCUGGACAACUGUCCAAACAUCUCAGGACAAAAGCCCUUGCUUUCUUUCUGGCUGAUGAUGAAGCUGCUGCUCAGAAACUCAUGGACAAUUAUAGACUGGUCCUGGUGGACUCUGGGGUUGUGUUUAGUGAUGAGGAUAGUGUGGGUAGUGUGGAAACCAAAAGCAAAGCCUUAGAAUUGACAAAAGUUCAUCCCAUUUACAAGCACUUUUCUCCAGAGAUGCUGCUCCUGAAAUCCCCAGUCAAACCUUUAGGGUCUGACACCAAAGACUUUGAAAGAGGCCCCACAAAUGCAGAAAUCAACAAGGUCACUGGACAAGUCAAGAAAGCCUUUGCAGAAAGAGUUGCAGACCCACCUUACUCUUUACUGGAAAUGCCUUUGCAAAUGAGGAGGCUGUUUGUCACCCUGGUGGAGUGUUGCUGCAAGCUGCAAAGUGAGGAUGUAGUGGUCCUGAAUCUCCUUGUGCAGACCCUAGAAAGGAUCAAGACCAAGGUUGAGGACUUUUCAGAUCUGGACUCUGAGAAGUUGAAGACCCUGACUGACAUGGGGUUCCCAAAAAGGAGGGCUGCUCAAGUUUUGGCCAUGACCAGACAGAAUGUGAAAAAUGCUGCAGGUUGGCUGGCAAAAUACCCCAGAGGAGCCACAGAUGCACAGUUAGAUGCUGCAAGGAGUAUUGCUGAGGCUGGAAAACCCUCUGGGGCUGGAAAGAAGGCCAACAGAGGAACAGGCAAAGCAUCUCCUUUGAACAGAGCAGCUCUGGCAUCAUCACCAAGGAUUUACUCAGGCUCACCCUUGAGUCAGUCCCCUUUUGCAACAGGUGCAGUGAAUACAGAAAGACCUGCAUCAGCAAGACCCUGGGAUGAAGUCCUCAAAGAACUGCUUGACAUGAUGAAUGACUACCACAGAUCCCAUUUUGUACCUCACUUUGGCAUGAUGAAGUCACUGAUUGAAAUGGGAUUUGAGGAGGAGGAGGUUGAGGAUUCUUUGAGGAUCACUGGGAACAAAAGGGGACCAGCUUUGGAAUGGUUGCUGUCAGGCAAAGGGAAAUAUUCAUCUCUGUAUGAACAAGGGUUGCCCAGGGAGAACCUUGUGAUUGCAGCCAUCAUCAAACAACCCAUAGUCCAACUGGCACUUUUGAAACCAAAGACUAUUGCUGCCUUGCUGAACUUGAUUGAAGCCCCAAUGACUCUCCAGAUCUGGAUGAGUGACCCUGAUGUAAAUGGAUUCCUGGGCUCUGUCAUCAGGGUCUUUCAUGCAGAAAAGCACAAUAUGGACACUGCACUGGACUCUCAUGUCCUCAAGUUGUUGCAGGGCAAAGGGAAGAAGGCUAGUGUUCCAAUAGCCCUUCCUGCCCCCAGGGCAUCUCUGGCCAACCCAGUUGCUGGCCCUGUAAAUAACCCUGUGGUUGAGGACCCAUCAGAUGUCAGGUGA